AUGGCUUCCGAUCUAGAUACCCUGAUUGACAUGGGCUUUGAGCGAGCUCGAGCCGAACUCGCCGUCAAAAAGUCUGGAGGACUACAGGGAGCCUUGCAGUGGCUAGAGGAUAACCAAGAUAAAUCGCUGGAGGAAAUUCAAGCCGCGGUUCCGGAUGAUGAUGAUGAAGAAGAGGAUGAGACCAAGGCAAAGAUUGCAGAGCUGGAAUCCGGCCAGUCUGCCAAGUCGCUUAUCUGCAAUGAAUGCGGCAAACGGUUCAGAAACCCCGAUCUGGCCAGUUACCAUGCUACCAAGACCGAGCACACAGAUUUCUCCGAGUCUACUGAGGAGAUUGCACCCCUGACAGAAGAUGAGAAGAAGGCAAAGCUUGAAGAGCUGAGAGAGCGACUCCAGGCAAAGAAGGCCGCUCAGGCAGACAAGGACAAAGAAGAUGCAAAGCGCAAUGAGAAAAUCCGACAAAAAUCCACAAAGGAAUCCCAGGAGGCAAAAGAGGAACUUGCACGAAAAGAACAAAUCAAGGAGGCCGCGCAAAAGCGCAAGGAGAAGCUUGAGGAAGCCGAGGCCAAGAAGCGAAUCAAGGCCAAGAUUGAAGAAGAUAGGGCUGAGCGUCGCCGCAAAGCCGAAGAGGCCAAAGCUGCCCGUGAAGGCAGAGCUCCCGAAGCCGCAUCUUCCUCUUCUGCUGCUGCUGCUCCAGCUGCUGCUGCCGCAGCCCCGCGACCAAAGGCAGACCACACAGAGGCAAAGCUGAAGCUGCAGACUGACUCGGGCAAUAUCAUGAAGACGCUCCCCGCCGAGACGACGCUGUUUGAGCUUGCGCAACAGAUACAGAGCGAGACCGGGAAGCCGGUGACUACCUUUACGACUACGUUCCCCCGCAAGACGUUCCAGGGCGAUUUGGACAUGUCCAAGACGCUGAAGGAGGCUGGACUUACACCUUCGUCUGUGGUUAUUGUAAAAUAG